CGGUCACACUGUAAACAACGGCUGCGGAAACAAAGUGUGCUUCUAAUUUCCAAUCAAAACGCCGGCAGAAAAACAAAUUUUAUCCACGGCAACGAAACAAUAGUUUGUUUGAUCGUUGCAACGCUUGACUUCACAUUUCCUCUCCCUCGGGCGAAAAACAGCUGAAACCGGAAACGGAUCAGAGUAUUAGCAUCAGGCAGGACACGGAUUUAGAGGCGCCAUGAAGAUCGAGGAAGUCAAGAGCACCGUGCGCACCCAACGCAUCGCAGCCCACAGCCAUGUGAAGGGAUUGGGCCUGGACGAGGUUGGAGCUGCCGUGCACAGUGCAGCCGGACUGGUGGGUCAGAAGGCGGCACGCGAGGCAGCCGGCAUUGUGGUGGACCUCAUCAAAUCGAAAAAGAUGGCCGGACGAGCGCUUCUGCUGGCUGGGCCACCAGGCACGGGCAAAACCGCCAUUGCUCUGGCCAUUGCCCAGGAGCUGGGUAACAAAGUGCCCUUCUGUCCCAUGGUCGGAUCGGAGGUAUUCAGCAAUGAGAUCAAGAAGACCGAGGUGCUAAUGGAGAAUUUCCGGCGCUCCAUUGGUCUGCGCAUUCGUGAGACCAAAGAGGUGUACGAGGGCGAGGUUACGGAACUCACGCCCGUGGAAACCGAGAAUCCUAUGGGUGGCUAUGGCAAGACUAUCAGCAAUGUCGUCAUCGGCUUGAAAACAGCCAAGGGAACCAAGCAGCUCAAGCUGGAUCCCAGCAUCUUUGAUGCCUUGCAAAAGGAAAAGGUGGAGGUGGGCGAUGUCAUCUACAUAGAGGCCAACAGUGGUGCCGUAAAGCGUCAGGGUCGCAGUGACACCUUUGCCACUGAGUUUGAUCUCGAAACCGAGGAGUAUGUGCCGCUGCCCAAGGGCGAUGUCCACAAGAAGAAGGAGGUUAUCCAGGAUGUUACUCUGCACGAUCUGGAUGUGGCCAAUGCUCGUCCACAGGGCGGCCAGGAUGUGCUCUCCAUGAUGGGCCAGCUUAUGAAGCCGAAGAAAACUGAAAUCACUGACAAACUACGCAUGGAGAUCAACAAGGUGGUAAACAAGUACAUUGACCAGGGCAUAGCCGAGCUGGUUCCCGGAGUUCUCUUCAUCGAUGAAAUUCACAUGCUUGAUUUGGAGACCUUCACCUACCUACACAAGUCCCUGGAAUCUCCCAUUGCACCAAUUGUGAUUUUUGCCACCAAUCGUGGACGCUGUGUUAUUCGUGGCACCACCGACAUAGUUUCGCCGCACGGAAUUCCGCUAGAUCUGCUCGAUCGUUUGCUGAUCAUCCGCACACUACUCUACUCCACUGCCGACAUGGAGCAGAUAAUCAAGUUGCGCGCCCAGACCGAGGGACUGCAGCUGGAGGAGAACGCAUUUACACGUCUCAGCGAGAUUGGAACCAGCUCCACGCUGCGCUACGCCGUCCAGCUGCUGACCCCGGCUCAUCAGAUGUGCAAGGUGAACGGACGCAACCAGAUCAGCAAGGAUGAUAUCGAGGAUGUGCACUCGCUCUUCCUUGACGCCAAGCGCUCCUCGAAGCAUUUGUCCGAAAAGAACAAUAAGUUUAUGUUGUAAGUUUGACGAUUCAAGCUGAAUUGUAAUUCCAUUUGCACGGAUUUCCCAGUAAAAAUCAAAUAAUAAGC